UUUACUUCCCGGUUUAUGUUUGUGUCAGUCGUUGACAUUUUCCUGUAAUCCUAACGAAGAAACGCAAUCUCGUGAAUUUACCACAUCCUGUUUAUAAUUGAAGUUUUAUCAUGGUUUAUAUUUUUAGCGUAGUUUGUACUUUAAAUUGACUGCUAUUCGGGACCCUCGACUUAAUAUAUAGAUUCUGGCAUGGAGUCACCGCUGGUGGACGACGACAUCUGCAUUCUGAAGCAUGAGACAGCGUAUAUGGCGGAAAGCCCUGUAGCGGCGUGCGCGGGGGACGAGUCCGUCGCCUCUCACUUCGCCCUCGUUACGGCCUAUGAGGACAUCAAAAAGCGCCUGCGGGACACAGAGAAGGAGAACACGCUGCUCCGCAAGCGUGUCAAGCAGCUCGAGGACAAGGUGUUCCGACCUGAGGCCCCGCCCUCUGAAGGGCCCCAGUACAUGAACAAAGCAUUCAGUGCAUACCGAGGCAUCUACAUGGAGAAGAAGGAUUUGCAGGCGGAGCUUAACAAACUGAGGAAAGAGCGGGCUGAGUCAGAAAGGCACCUGACGGAACAGCUACAAGCCAAAGAGCUGGAGCUGCUGCAGCUCAAGUCUGAGAUGGAGACAAGCCAAGUGAUGAAAAGCCUGAAUGACACACAGGAUUACUGGCAGGUGGACCGAGGGAACCAUGAAUUGCAGCACCACACACUUCAAAAACAACUGGAAAGACUGAAACUGGAAAAUAGCCAGCUACAGAACCUCUGUGGUCUCAAGCAGGAAGAUUCAUUGAGCUCUGUUAAGAAUGAUGACAGCCAGGAGGUGGCAGCAGAGUCCAGGGAGGUGGCUGUGGUGAGACUGUAUGAAGGUGUUUGCAGUGAGAUGUUGUGGUUGCAGACGUUGGUAAAAACUCAAACUGAUUUAAUGAAGAAGCUUCGAAACAAACCUUUGCCACCAGUUCUCCGAAGAGCUGCUUCAGCUCUGCCUGUGCAGUGUCGGGAUGACGUGGAAAGGAACAGCUCCCCAGUGCGAGUGACGGCACCGCGCCCCCCCAGCGCCCCCCCGGUCCCCUGCAGCUCAGCCCGCCCUGGCCCCUCGAUAGCACCCCUGUUCACCGAUGGCCUGCAGGAAAAUUGUUGGAAGGAGCCCUGGCCACUGCAGCGGCCAGCCCCUGUGGGGAGCCCUGCCCCCUCGGGGAGCCCCGUCACCCCCCCCAGCCCCCCACAGCCCGGGGCCCCUCACAGCCCCAGCCACCCUCGGCCCAGCGACGCCUUGUUCUGGGAGAACCCCAUGGCCAGCAGCUCCAGUGCUAACAGGGCCAAACCAUAUUGACAGGCAACCCUGUGUCCAACCACAAAGAUGCCCUAUCUGCCUUAAAUCCCCACGUCUCUAAUGUCCAGGAUGAGGUACCUCAAAGCACCUGCACUGUCUGCUGCUGAAGGCAGGUGUGUUGCUUUCACCUGGAGGAUGUAAAUAACUUUACAGAGAGGGGUGGCCGUGCGUGUGCGUGCGCGUGCGUGCGUGCGUGCGUGCGCGUGUGUGUGUGUGUGUGUGCGUGCGCGUGUGUGUGUGCAUGAGAGAGAGAGAGAAAACCGACAUAAUUUUCACUCUCCAAAUAAGAAUCUUUGUUGUUGUGAUUUCUGUGUAGCCACUGGUACAUCUUGAACCUUAGGGAUUUAUGUUCAUGUAUUGUUUCAUAUUUUCAUUACUGUGAAAGAUCAUAAAUAAGGUGAGUUACAUGGCUGUAGGUCUGGUAGCUAAUACUUGUCAGUACCCUCUCUGUGAUGCUUAUUUAAUCCACACAUUUUUGUUAAUUUCCGAAUAUUAAAUGAUUUCACAUUGGCUUUAAAUUGAACCAUUUUUGGAAAUAAGAAUGUGUACAGAGAGGCUACAGUUGUAAUGCUGUAACUGUUUAAAGUGGAUUAAUUCCACAUUCAUAUUAAGAUCGUUUAGCACUUUGUUUCACAUAGGAGCCCAUGGAGGGUUUCAGGUCGCAUGUUAAUUCAGUAUCAGACUGUAUCUUCUCUGGUCUACUUACCCAGGUUAACUCCCUUUAAUCACCAAGAUGUGAUUGGGUUAGUGUGUACUUAUGGGUUUAAAUGGGUGGGCAAUCCAUAAAGGGUUGGUGUGGUUCCAUGUUUUCAUGGAGUAAAUCCCAUUUAAUUUAUUAGUUGUUUGAAGGCUUUAGACAAACUGAAUUAACAAAUGGAAUAAGAUGUAUUCCAGUUUAAUUGAACUGAAAACCUGUUGCUAUGGUGCAUAGUUGGAACUGGGUCAUUCCUGAAAGCGUGAUCCUUACAACAGGCAAUUUCUUUCCCUAGGGCUGACUUUUAAAACGAAGCUUUUCGACAUGUUGGCACAUCCAUUUGUGUAUAUCGAUCUAUACCUGUACUGACUGUACCACAGCACAUAGUACAUCAAACCUCCCAGUAAGAAACAAAUGUGAAAAUGUUCUCGCACAUGUCUAAGUGCAGUUUACGCAUUUUGAAAGUUAAGAUCAGAUCUCUUGGGUUAUAGAUGCAGGACUGGAACAUGUCAUCAUCAAUACCCUCUUUUAUUGCUCUUGCUAAGGAAACUCCAUCAUGAAACCGCACCGACACGCUCUGGUAGCGCUGUCAGCGUGUGACGAGUCAUCUGUCCGUUCUUGGCACGAAGGGCCGUUACUAUGGCCUCGGUUUAUAAUUUGACAUUUUGAUUUCAGAGGUAAUGGAGUUGUGUCCAGUUCGGUUACUCCUACUAUGGGAACCAAAAUGCAAUGUACAGUUAGUGUAGAUUAUUUUUUAGGAUGAUCAUGCUUCAAACUGUUUGUAAAUAUUAAAUAAAUCAAUGUAAACAUUUGUACUUAUUGAUGAAUCAAACAUUGAGUAAAACAUGUCUUUCAGUAUUUAAAUUGCUGGAAACAAGCAUCAAUCUUUGUUGGGGAGGUGGUCAUUUUAUGGUUUUAAUCCAUUUACAGUGUAUAUUGUGAGACUGUGGUAACUCAGUGUUUAUUGAAAGGGCUACCAAGUUGGCCUUUUAGUAGGAUUUCAUAUAUAAUGGAUUUUUUUUUUAAUAAAAUUUUGUAGUAAUGCA